GGUUCUUACUAGUGUUGUUGCUAAGUGCCAUGAAGAACAACUAGACAACUGCAUCAAUUCUUAUGUGACGUAUGUGUUCAGGACCAAAUCAUUUGAAGAAAGGACUGUUCAUGAGGAGCUGGCCAAGAAUAUGACUGGUCUUCUGAAGUUAAAUGACCAAGUAACAGUGAAACAGGUUUUAAAGCAUUCCUGGUUCUUCUUUGCAGUUAUCUUAAAAUCAAUGGCACAGCACUUGGUUGAUACAAACAAAACAAAAGUUUCUCGAACUCAGAGGUUUCCAGACUCAUUUCAAACUGAGCUGGAUACACUCGUGAUGGUCCUAGCAGACCAUGUUGUUUGGAAGUACAGAGAUGCUCUUGAAGAAACCAGGAAUGCAAACUACAGCACUGCCAAAUUUCUCAAGCGCUGUUUUACAUUUAUGGAUCGUGGAUUUGUGUUCAAGAUGGUCAACAAUUAUAUAAGUAUGUUUGGAACAGGAGAUAGCAAGACUUUACAUCAGUUCAAAUUCGACUUUCUCCAAGAAGUCUGUCACCAUGAGCACUUUAUCCCUCUGUGCCUGCCCAUACGGUCUUCAAACAUUCCUGACCCUGUGACACCUUCAGAAUCAACACAGGAAUAUCGAACGUCAGAUAUUCCAGAGUACACAUUGACCAAUGAAUUUUGCCGUAAACAUUUUCUAAUUGGAGUCCUGCUGCGGGAGGUUGGUUUUGCCUUGCAAGAAGACCAGGAUAUUAGGCACUUAGCUUUGGCUGUGCUUAAAAACUUAAUGGCAAAGCAUUCAUUUGAUGAUCGAUACGCAGAGCCGGCAAAACAGGCACAAAUAGCAAACCUGUACAUGCCGCUCUAUGGAAUGCUUUUGGACAAUAUGCCAAGGAUUUACAUGAAAGAUAUGUUCCUUUUCAAUAUCAAUACUUCCAAUCAGGGAUCUAGGGAUGACUUGAGCACAGCCGGAGGAUUUCAGAGCCAGACAGCAAUGAAACAUGCAAACUCUGUGGACACAUCCUUUUCCAAAGAUGUUCUGAACUCUAUAGCAGCCUUUUCAUCAAUAGCUAUCUCUGCAGCAAACCAUGCUGACUCCAGAGCUUCCUUAGCAAGUCUUGAAUCUAACCCAAGUACCAAUGAAAAAAACAGUGAGAGAACUGACACGUGUGAAAAGAUCAUGAGACCUUUGUCUUUGAUUGGAUCAACUCUUCGUUUUGACAAGUUGGAUCAAGCUGAAACUAGAAGCCUUCUUAUGUGUUUCCUUCACAUUAUGAAAACCAUUUCGGAAGACGCACUGAUUUCCUACUGGUUGCGAGCACCAUUCUCAGAAAUAACAGACUUUUUCAGCAUUUUAGAGGUUUGUCUGCAAAAUUUCAGAUAUCUAGGAAAACGCAAUAUUGUAAGGAAAAUUGCUGCUGCUUUUAAGUUUGUUCAGGCCACCCAGAAUAAUGGAACCCUUAAAGGUUCAAACUCCUCUGGCCAGGCAUCGGGUCUGCUCUCGCAAUGGAUGCAUUCUACUUCUAGUCACGAUGGCCACAAGCAUCACAGAUCUCAAACAUUACCAAUAAUCCGUGGCAAAAAUGCACUUUCUAACCCCAAACUCUUGCAGAUGAUAGACAGCAGCACUGCAAGCAACUCCAAUGAAACGGACAUUGUACAGUAUGUAGACACAGAGGCAAACAUUGCUACAGAAGUCUCCCUCACAAUCCUUGACCUGUUGUGUCUUUACACUCUGAAUCACCAGAGGCAGCUCCAGCAAUCUGAUUGCCAGAAUGCAUUGAUGAAGAAAGUCUUUGACACACACAUGCUCUUUUUGCAAAUCAACCAGUCAGCAGCAGCUCUCAAGCACGUCUUUGCUGCCCUACGGCUGUUUGUAGGCAAGUUCCCAUCAGCAUUUUUCCAAGGACAAGCAGAUCUCUGCGGUUCACUCUGCUAUGAAAUCCUGAAGUGUUGUAACCAUAGGUCACGUUCAACUCAGACAGAGGCAUCUGCUCUUCUUUAUUUUUUCAUGAGAAAGAACUUUGAGUUUAACAAGCAGAAAUCAAUAGUCAGAUCGCAUCUACAGCUCAUCAAAGCAGUGAGCCAGCUGAUAGCCGAUGCAGGGAUUGGUGGAUCUCGUUUUCAACAUUCACUUGCAAUUAUAAAUAAUUUUGCUAAUGGAGACAAGCAGAUGAAAAACGUUAAUUUCCCAGCAGAGGUGAAGGAUCUGACCAAACGCAUCAGAACGGUUUUAAUGGCCACAGCUCAGAUGAAGGAGCAUGAGAAAGACCCUGAGAUGCUUGUGGAUCUGCAGUACAGCCUAGCAAAUUCAUAUGCCAGCACACCUGAAUUACGUAGGACAUGGCUUGAAAGCAUGGCCAAGAUUCACGCAAGAAAUGGAGACUUAUCAGAGGCCGCGAUGUGCUAUAUUCAUAUCGCCGCUCUCAUUGCGGAGUACCUGAAAAGAAAGGGUUACUGGAAAAUGGAAAAGAUUUGUACCUCACGUAUGCUCCUGGAAGAUGGUCAAGUCUCUGAUAGUAAUGUGUUACUAACAACUCACAAUGGAGGAAGCUUAUUUUCCAUGGGAUGGCCUGCUUUUCUGAGCAUUACCCCCAACAUUAAAGAAGAAGGUGCUAUGAAGGAAGACUCUGGCAUGCAAGAUACUCCUUAUAAUGAGAAUGUUCUUGUGGAGCAGCUGGAGUUGUGUGUUGAAUACCUGUGGAAGUCUGAGAGAUAUGAGCUUAUUGCUGAGGUUAACAAGCCUAUCAUUGCUGUUUUUGAGAAGCAGAGGGACUUUAAAAGACUGUCUGAUUUAUACUAUGACAUCCAUCGCUCAUACCUGAAGGUUGCAGAAGUAGUAAAUUCUGAGAAACGUCUCUUCGGGCGAUAUUACCGUGUUGCAUUUUAUGGGCAGGCUGUGGGUUUUUUUGAAGAAGAGGAAGGUAAAGAGUAUAUCUAUAAAGAACCCAAAUUAACCGGCUUGUCUGAGAUCUCUCAAAGGCUGAUGAAACUUUAUGCAGACAAGUUUGGAAUAGAUAAUGUGAAGAUCAUCCAGGAUUCCAACAAGGUCAACCCCAAAGAUCUAGAUCCAAAAUAUGCGUAUAUCCAGGUGACAUAUGUCACACCUUUCUUUGAAGAGAAAGAAGCCGAAGAUAGAAAGACCGACUUUGAAAUGCAUCACAACAUCAACCGUUUUGUGUUUGAAACACCUUUCACGCUCUCAGGAAAAAAGCACGGAGGUGUAGAAGAGCAGUGCAAGAGGCGCACAAUCCUGACAACCAGUCACUUGUUUCCCUAUGUGAAGAAGCGUAUUCAAGUCAUAAGCCAAACCAGCACAGAGCUGAACCCUAUCGAAGUAGCGAUUGAUGAGAUGUCCAAAAAAGUCUCAGAGCUCAAUCAGCUUUGCACAAUGGAAGAAGUGGACAUGAUUCGGCUACAGCUCAAACUGCAAGGAAGCGUCAGUGUCAAGGUAAAUGCUGGACCAAUGGCCUACGCUCGAGCUUUUCUUGAAGAGACAAAUGCUAAGAGAUACCCUGAUAAUCAAGUUAAGCUUCUGAAGGAAAUUUUCAGGCAAUUUGCAGAAGCGUGUGGACAUGCUCUUGAUGUCAACGAACGCCUUAUUAAGGAGGACCAAUUUGAAUACCAGGGAGAGAUGAAGUCUCAUUAUAAGGAUAUGCUCAGUGAGCUGUCUGCAGUUAUGAAUGAACAGAUUGCAUACAAGGAGGACUCGGCAAAACCGCAAGGAAUGGAGCGCACUUAUUCACGAGUCAUCAAUAGAGCCAGCUCAUCUGUGCCAGCAGCAACCACCCCGGCAAAUCCUGAUGCUUGACUGCGGCAUGGGGAACACACCGCCUUGGGAAGACCUGGGGUGGCUGGGGGAUUUUUUUGUUGUUUGGGGUAUUUUUUUUUUUCCUUUUAGGUUAAUAGUACUGAAAAUUAAUGUGAUCACGGACAAUGCCAGGAAAAGGGUUUGUGGGUUAUAAUUUUAAUUUAUUGGAAGUCUUCACGGUGUUAUUUUUUAAAACUGCAAGCUUGAUAUUGCUUUUAUUGGUUUUGCCUGCCCCACUAUUUGCACAUUCCCUAUCUUUUUUUUAUUGUUGAUUUUUGGUUUUGAGCAGCCUUUAUUAAGCCAGGCUGAUUAUGAAAUUCCCAUUGAACAGAUAGGUACACAGCAAACCCUAAGUUUGCUAUAAAUUAUAAUAUAUCUAAUACUAAGUCCUAGUAUACAUAUAUUUUAAAGGUCAGAGUGGAUGUUUUAUAACAUUUAAGUAUAUUGCAAUUGUAAAUAGAAGAUGUGUAAAAUAUGUCAUUUUUACAAAAUUUAAAAAAUAUCUUUUUAGUUAAUUAUGACAGUACUAAGAAUAUGGAUAACAUUUCAGUUACCAUUAUAUUAAAAUAUUUGUGUAUGUGUA